GUAGUCUUCCUUAUUACUUAUAGGCACAAAUCCUCCAAUCCAAACCUUCCCCCUGGUAAAAUGGGAUGGCCAAUCAUAGGAGAAACUUUGGACUUUGCCUUGGCGUGUCAAGGGGGGAAUCCAGGGAGAUUCGUGAACGAUAGAAUGAACAAGUACUCCCCUCAAGUGUUCAAGACCUCCUUAUUGGAAGCGAACAUGGCUGUGAUGUGCGGCGCUUCGGGGAACAAGUUUCUCUUCUCCAACGAGGACAAACUUGUAGUCUCAUGGUGGCAGCGUUCAAUGAAGAAGAUUUUGUGCUUCCCAUCUGUUUUCAACGAAAUUUUAACCAGAGAUAAGUUCAGACCCCCUACCUUACUUCCUGAAUUUCUCAAGCCAGAAGCUCUGCAACACUACAUAGCCACCAUGGAUUCGAUGGCAAGCGAACACAUCGAGUUGAAUUGGUCUCCUAAUAGAGAGGUAAAGGUUUUUCCGCUUGCAAAGAAGUACAGCUUCGCGUUGGCUUUCCGGCUGUUUAUGAGCAUUGUAGAUCCUGAGUAUGUUGAGAUGAUUUCUCAUCCCUUCCAGCUUUUGACAGAAGGGUUCCUUUCUGUGCCUAUAGAUAUUCCUGGGACGACAUUCAACCGUGCUCUCAAAGCCAGCAAAUUCAUUCACAAUGAGCUUCUAGCAAUCAUCAGAAAGCGAAAAAUGGAGUUAGAGCAGAAGGGAGACUCUGCUACUAGAGACCUAUUGUCUCACAUGCUCUUUGCGUCAGAUGAAAAUGGUAAUGUUAAGAGUGAAAUGGAGAUCAGUACUCAUGUUAUUUGCCUGCUUCUUGCUACCCAUCACACCACAAGUUCUGUUAUCACAUUCAUCCUCAAGUACCUGGCCGAGUUCCCUGAUGUCUAUAGCAAAGUCUUAAAAGAGCAAAUGGAGAUUGCAAAGAGCAAAGGCCCAGCAGAGUUUCUGAAGUGGGAUGACAUUCAAAAGAUGAAAUAUACUUGGAAUGUGGCAAAUGAAACAAUGAGGCUAACCCCACCUGUGCAAGGAACUUUUAGGGAAGCCAUCACUGACUUCACUUAUGCAGGUUUUACAAUUCCAAAGGGAUGGAAGAUGCAUUGGAAUGUAAAUACAACACAUAGAGAUCCCAAGUAUUUUCCCGACCCCGAGAAGUUCGAUCCCUCAAGGUUUGAAGGAAAAGGGCCUCAACCAUUCACUUUUGUGCCUUUUGGGGGAGGGCCUCGGAUGUGCCCCGGAAGGGAAUAUGCUCGAGCUCAAGUACUUGCAUUCAUACAUAAUGUGGUGACAAGAUUCAAAUGGGAGAAAGUAGAUCCCAGUGAAAAGGUUGCAUAUAAUCCAUCACCCAUUCCAUCCAAGGGCUUCCCAAUUCGCCUCCAGCCUCUACAAAAUGGAUUUAUUUAAGAUUUGGUUACUUAAGAAGCUAUAUUUGUGGUGCAUUUGAAUGUUUCAAUAAGAUGGCUGUAUGCAUAAA